AUGACAUCAACAAAUUCAAAAGUGGCUAGCUACACCCAGUUCGCUUGCAUCGGUACCGGAUUCUCGGGCAUCGGGCUGGGGGCUUCACUAAGGAGGUGGUAUGGCAUAGACGAUAUUCGCUUUUUCGAGCGAAACAGUAAUCUCGGCGGCACUUGGUUUGUCAAUAGGUACCCGGGCUGUGCUUGCGAUGUUCCGAGCGCAUUAUACAGCUUCUCGUUCGAGCCCAACCCCAACUGGACUCGGGUUUUACCGCCACAUGAUGAGCUAUGGGAAUAUCUCAACGAUGUUGCGAAGAAGUAUGAACUUAUAGACAAGAUGACUUUCAACGUUAAUGUCGAGCGAUGCGAAUGGAUGGAGGAGCGCAAGAGAUGGCAGAUGACGAUACGGCGAAAUGAGGAUGACACCGUCACACUCCACGAAUGUCAAUUCCUCUUUUCUGCAACAGGCCAACUGAUGAAGCCGAGACCUAUUGAUGUCCCAGGGUCAGAAAAAUUCAAGGGCCAAAUCUUCCACUCGUCCCGCUGGGACAAAAAUGUCAAAAUCGACGGUCAAAAGGUCGUUGUCUUCGGCAAUGGCUGUACCGCCUCGCAGAUUAUCCCUGCUAUUGUAAGCAAAACGAAGCAUCUAACGCAAGUCAUCCGUACGAAACACUGGGUCCUACCACCAGUGGACUCGAAAACCACAAAUGUUAUGAAAGCGGUAUUCAGAAACAUCCCGGGCACCAUGAUGAUCCAACGAUUCUUGAUAUUCGUCUGGACAGAGAAUGCCCUCCGCGGAUUUUACAUGACUAGGUCUGGGACCAGCUACCGCCAAAGGGCUCAAGCCCAUGCAGAGACAUAUAUGAAGAAGAUGGCUCCAGAAAGAUAUCAUAAAAAGUUGAUUCCGGAUUUCGAACUCGGCUGCAAACGUCGCAUAUUCGAUAACGGUUACCUCGAGAGUUUGCAUGCAGAGGAUCUGACUCUGCUGGAUGAUCCGGUGCUCGAAAUCAUACCGGAAGGUAUUCGAACCAAAAAUGGCGUUAUAGAAGCUGACAUAAUUGUCAUUGCAAAUGGUUUCGAGACAAAUAAUGCAGUUGGAGGAUUGAACAUCGUGGGGCGUGGUGGUGAGACAAUUGACCAACACUGGGAGUCGUUUGGCGGUUCAGAGGCAUACAACUGCACUCUUGUCAACAACUUUCCCAACUUUUUCAUCCUUUUGGGCCCGAAUUCUUUAACUGGGCACACAUCAACCAUAAUCGCAGCGGAGAAUUCCAUCAACUAUGUCUUGCGUAUUAUAAAGCCUCUUUUAGAUGAUCAAAGUACAACCGUAGAGGUCAAAAAAGAGGCAGAGGAACAUUAUGUGAACCAAUUGCAACGAGACUUGCAGAACACCGUUUGGGCCACAGGGUGCAAUAGCUGGUACCUGAGGGGGUCUGAUGAGAAGAAAAAGUGGAAUGCAUCAACAUAUCCCUACUUCCAGGCAUACUUCUGGUAUCGUUGUCUGUUUCCCGCAUAUGAUGAAUUGAAGAUAACUGGGACAACUAAACCGAGAGGGAAAAAGCGACGAUGGCAAUUAUUGGCGGCUCUAGCUUUGGUGGGAUAUUUAAUAUCGUUCACCUUAGGUAUACUUAAAACAAGGCUAGUAGGUAACUUGUCCUGGCACCAACUUAUGUUAGGUACUCAGCUCCUGCUGUCAGGGUUUGUAAGGAAGUUCUCGGGCAAGGCAGCCUGA